UUUAUGUGUAACUGUUAGGAAACACACAUUCAAUUAAAAUUCCUGUGCAUUUCUCGACUCUCGUGCGACAGUUUCCAUCCCAGUUUUUACUCGAUUAUUGUUCGGACACUUCCUAUCGAAGGACCGUAGAAUACACAGGCGGUUUCUCGUUAGUUAAACAAUGUCCAGCUAGCGUGAAGCCAACAGUUUAUCCUUCCAGUUUGAGACGCUAGCUAACACCACCAGCACCGACCCCCGGAGCCUUCCUGCAACAUCUCCCAUCACUGGCAACCAGCGAUGCAGAAGACAUGACGAUAAAGCAGACGACUUCGUCCUCCUGUCAGUGAGCGUGUCUCCGUGUUAUCUCCUGUGUGUCGAUCAUUCAUCCUGACUAAAUGAAUUUCUUGCGUAAUCGUCUGGUUGUUCUGGGCCUGGUGUUGUUGGCCACGUUACUACUCUACCUGCUGCUGCCAUCCAUUCGCCAGGGCAGCAUGGAGCCGUCCCUCGAAGCCCAGAGAAUGGGGCUGAUGGGCACCCCUCCUCCUCCGCUUCCAACUAUCAACGUGUCCAUUCGCACCGGCCAGCUACCCGGGGACCCUCCGCUAUUCUUCAGAGAAGCUUUACCUAUUGAUGGAGCUGGGCGACAGAUACUGCCAAGGCUGCAAGUGGUCCUUCUGCACGGCCAGGCCUUCACAUCCAAAACCUGGGAGGAGCUCGGUACGAUGGCCCUGCUGGCAACUAAAGGAUAUCAGGCCUUAGCGAUGGAUCUUCCAGGGUACGGAAAAUCGCCGGACUCGGAGGCUCUGAAGACAGAUCAGAAUCGAGUGGACCUCCUUUCAAGGUUCAUGGAGUCUUUGGGCGUCAGGGCCGCUGUGCUCUUGAGCCCUUCCAUGAGCGGACAUUACUCCAUCCCCUUCCUCAUGAAGAACAGCGAGCAGCUACAUGGCUUCAUUCCCAUAGCGCCAGUCGGUACCCGAAGUUACACUCCACAGCAGUACCAAAAUAUCCAGACUCCCACUCUAAUUGUGUUUGGAGCUCUGGGCACAAAUUUGGGUGCCCAGUCCCACAAGAACCUCAUGCAACUCCCAAAUCAUUCGGUGCUCAAGUUAGAAGGAGCUCGUCACGCCUGCUACAUGGACAAACCCAGAGAAUUUCACCAAGGGUUGAUCGACUUCCUGAGCAAACUCAAGUGAGACAUGUGGCAGAGGAAGAGGAGGUAGAAAGAUGAAAACAGUCAGAGGAACACUAGUCAGUGGUUUAGGUUCUAAGAUCUUCAUCAUUCUCAUAUUAUUAUCACCUGAAGAGAACAGUGGCAUGGGAACAGGUUUUAAUACAUGAAAAUUGGCAUGUGAAACCUUGCAGCUACACUUAACAGUACAGUAUUUCAGAUGUUUCCUUUAAUUUUCCAUUGUGUCAAAUACUAGUUCAGCUGAGCUUGUUCUUAAAAAAAAAAGCUUCAAUUUGUAUAGUGGUAAGUUUUGUUUCAUGUGUUUCAUGUCUCUGUUUGCAUGUAAAAACAUGGAAUGUGUUUGUUUCACUCCGUUACCAUUUUUGUAGGUGACACGUAGGCUGCUGUAAAUAUGCAAAUGUAUUAGGUGCCUGUGUUUGAAUAGCUUCUAUUAGCUUCACAUUUGAGAAACACAUUUGUAUAUUAAGGUCUGGUAACCAUUCCAGCUUCUGAGGAAACACAUGCUUGACAAAAGCAGAAUUGAUAUUCACUGUAAAAUUAAAAAAAACGCACAAAAUGGAAAAUAUAAAAUGAAAAAAAAAUCACA